AUGACCAAAGUUACAGUUUUAGGCGCUGCGGGCGGCAUUGGCCAGCCCCUAUCGCUGCUGCUCAAGAUGUGCCCCUUCGUGUCGACUCUCGCGCUGUACGACCUGCGGCUCGCGGCCGGGGUCGCGCGUGACCUCAGCCACGUCAACACCAACGCGCAUUGCAUCGGCUACGGCAAGGACGAGCUGCCCGAUGCUCUGAUGGGCGCGCAGGUGGUGGUUAUCCCCGCCGGUGUGCCGCGGAAGCCCGGCAUGACGCGCGAUGACCUGUUCCGCGUAAAUGCGGGGAUCGUCGCGCAACUGGUGGCGGCUUGUGCGGAGCAUUGCCCCAACGCGCGGAUCCUGGUGAUCUCCAACCCGGUCAACUCCACGGUGCCUGUGGCGUGCGAAACACUUCGGCGGCUAGGCAAGUUCCAGCCCGGACGCGUGAUGGGCGUGACCACGCUCGACGUGGUGCGCGCGCAGACGUUUCUAAGCGACGCGCUCGGCCCACAGCAAUACUCGCGCGAGUCCAUGAAGAAACAUGUCACGGUGGUGGGCGGCCACUCGGGCACGACGAUCGUGCCCGUGAUUCUGAACCCCACCCUCGCCCAGAAACUCGUGCACCGCAAGCUGUGGGACGCUUACGUACAGCGCGUGCAGUUCGGCGGCGACGAGGUGGUGCAGGCCAAGCAGGGCGCCGGUUCCGCGACGCUGUCGAUGGCUUUAGCCGGAUAUUAUUUCGCAGAGCAAGUUUUGCGUAGCAUCCACCACGAGGCCCCCGACGCAUUGUUGCCUUGCUACGUGUACCUGCCCGGGUUACCCGGUGGCCGCGAGCUACAAGCGCGGUUGGGCACGCAGGUGGAAUACUUUGCGGCGCCCGUGCGUAUGGACCGCGGAGUAGUGGUGCAUGUGGAGUCGGAGUGGACCGAGAAGGUGACGCCCCAGGAGCGCAAGAUGCUGGACGUGUGCGUGCAGGAGCUGGACGCGAACGUGCGCAAGGGCAAGCGGUUUGUGCAGAGCAAGCUGUGA